AUGUACUUACCAUCGGGGAUACUAUCAGAGAAGAAGGCAGAGGCCCGGAAGGUACAACACAAAGCAUUACACUACCAGAUGUCCGACGGCAUCUUGUACAGGCGAUCUUACCCGGGACCCAUGAUACGAUGUGUCGACCCCGAAGAUGUAAACUAUCUUAUCAGAGAAGUACAUGAAGGAAUCUGUGAAAUCCACACAGGCCCAAGAAUGGUUGUGGAAAAAGUUAUGAAUGCCAGAUACUAUUGGCCAGGGAUGCAUUUAGACGCGGUGAAGGUUUUAAGGAAAUGUGACGCGUGCCAAUGGCAUGCACCCAAGACUUUGCGACCCAAAAAUGCCUUAUUCCCUGUCACAACAGCCUGGCUGUUCCAGCAGUGGGGGAUUUACAUGGUUGGCCCAUUCCUAGAUGCCCCGGGGCAGUGA